GGUCGAUGGCGAGUUUGAGAUCUACAGAGCCCAUCAAGCACACACUGGAGCACAGACCUACACUGGUGGAGGUGACUGGAGACAUGGAGCAGAGACUCUGUCAGAAGCACCACAGAGCUCUGGAGGUGUUCUGUAAGACUGACCAGACAGACAUCUGUAAAGUUUGUGCAGUGGAGGAGCACAAAGGCCACAGUAAACUUUACAGAGAGAUCUCAAGUGUACCAGAUGCCCAAAGGCUGCUCACAAUGACACUGGGGACAGUAAAGACGAAAUGUUUCCAAAACUUUAAAAGAUAUCUGAACGAGGAUUAUCCAGGAAGCUUAGGGGAUCAGCCUGAGGACCUUGAUGAGUCUGGUAUAGCUGAGAAGAUGGUGGAAAGUUUUGAGGGAGAGGGAGCUCUAAGGAUCACCUUCAGUUUUUUGAAUGGUGGCAUUUCUUUUAAAAAAGCUAUGGAGGCUAAUAAAGCAAAUUUGAUACGAAGAUUCCAACACAUAUCAGAAGGAAUUUCACCACAAGGAAAGUUGACUGUUUUGAAGGACAUCUAUACAGAGCUGUACAUCACAGAGGGUGGAAGUGGUGAGAUCAUUAAUGAACAUGAGGUCAGAGAGAUUGAGAUAACCUCUAAGAGACAAACCAUUCGAGAGACUCCAAUCAGUUGCAAUGAAUUGUUCAAUAUACUUCCUGGGCAAAGAAAACAAAUCAGAACAGUGCUGACAAAGGGGGUGGCUGGAAUUGGAAAGACUGUCUUUGUGCAGAAAUUCAUUCUCGACUGGGCUGAAGGAAAAGCCAAUAAAGAUAUCAUGGUCAUAGUCCCUCUACCUUUCAGGGAUCUUAAUCUGAAAAAAGAGAACUACAGCCUCAUCCAGCUGCUUUAUGACUAUGCCCCUGAGCUGAAAGAGAUAAAAGACAUUGAGGAUGAGAAACUGAAAUUGCUUUUAAUUUUAGAUAGUUUGGAUGAAUAUCGUUUUCCCCUGGAUUUCCAUAACAGUGAGCUUUGCUCUGAUGUGACAAAGUCAACCUCAGUACAUACACUAUUGACAAACCUUAUCAAAGGGAAUCUGCUUCCCUCUGCUCUCCUCUGGAUAACCUCACGACCAGCAGCAGCCAAUCAGAUCCCUCCUGAGUUUGUUCAUAAGGUCACAGAGAUUCGUGGGUUUAAUGAUCUUCAGAAAGAGGAGUACUUCAGGAAGAGAAUAAUUGAUCAGAGCCUGGCCAACAGAAUCAUCACACACAUCAAGUCAUCAAGGAGUCUGUACAUCAUGUGCCACAUACCAGUCUUCUGUUGGCUUUCAGCCAGUGUGCUGGAGAAAAUGAUGAGCGUCAAAGAGACCGGUGAAAUCCCCAAAACUCUGACUGAGAUGUACACACACUUCCUACUCAUUCAGACCAGUCUGAAGAAUAAGAAGUACCAUGGAGCCACAGGGGAAAACCCAAAGAAGCUGUCUGAAUCAGACAAAGCAAUGAUUCUAAAACUGGGAGAACUGGCUUUCCAACAGCUGGAGAAGGGUAAUCUGAUAUUCUAUGAAGAAGACCUGAGAAAAUUUGGCACUGAUGUGAGUAAAGCUUCAGAGUACUCUUCAGUGUGCACAGAGAUCUUUAGAGAGGAGUUGGGAUUGUACAGGGAGAAGGUUUUCUGCUUUUUGCAUCUGAGCAUUCAGGAGCAUCUUGCUGCUGUGUAUGCACAUGUUUCAUGUGUUGAUUCAAACAUGAAUGUGUUCAUCAAAGAUUACAAGAAGAGGAAGAAAUCAUCAUUGUCUGAUUUACACCAGACUGCAGUGGACAAAGCCCUGCAGAGCAAAAAUGGACACCUGGACCUUUUCCUACGCUUUCUCCUUGGCCUCUCCCUGGGCUCCAACCAGUCUCUCCUACAAGACCUCAUGAGAGGAGACAGUCCACUGAUGAAAAAGUACAGUACUACAGAGAGUACUGAAUACAUAAAAAUGAAGAUCAAAGAGGAAUCAUGUCCAGAGAGGAUCAUCAAUCUGCUCCACUGUCUGAAUGAGCUGAAUGACAACUCUCUAGUGGAGGAAAUCCAGACUGCCUUUAGAUCAGGAGCUCUUUCAGCUCAAAAGUUGGAGCCACACCAGUGCUCAGCUCUGGCCUAUUUGUUACUGAUGUCAGAAGAGGUGCUAGAUGAGUUUGAUCUUACGAAGUACAAAACAUCAGCAGCUGGUAGGCUGAGGCUUCUCCCAGUACUCAGGACCUGCAGAAGGGCAAGACUUGUCGGCUGUAGUCUCUCAUCUGAAUCCUCCUGGGGGAGUGUGGCAUUUGCUCUUCAGUCAGAGAAGUCACCCCUGAAAGACCUGGAUCUCGGCUACAAUAAUCUGACAGAUUCAGGUGUGAAGCUGCUCUGUGAUGCACUGAUCAGCCCAAACUGUAAACUACAGAAAAUUAGAUUGGCCAGCUGUAAUCUCUUGUCCGAGUCUUAUGAACAGCUGGCCUUAACUCUCCAGUCAGUGAACUCAUCCCUGACACAUCUGGAUCUGAACUAUAAUAACAUCAGAGAUUCAGGGGCAAAGUCACUCUGUAAUGGACUGAUGAGUCCAAACUGUAAGCUACAGUCAUUGAGACUGAGCAUGUGUGGUCUCACAGAGGUGCAUUGUGUAGAUCUGGCCUCAGUCCUAAAAUUUUCUAACCUGAGAGAGCUGGAGCUGAAAGACAAUGACCUGCAGGAUUCAGGAGUGAAGCAGCUCUCUCUUGGCCUGAGAGAUCCAGUCUGUAAACUGGAGAAACUGGGGCUGUCAGGCUGUCUAAUCUCUGAGGAAGGUUGUGCUUCUCUGGCCUCAGCUCUGAGAUCAAACCCCUCACACCUGAGAGAACUGGAUCUGACGUACAGUCACCUGGGAGACUCUGGAGAGAAGAUGCUCUCUGUUCUUCUUAAGGAUUCACAGUGUAAACUCGAGAAACUGAGAGUGGACCAUGGUGGAGAGUGCAGGGCCAAACCUGGACCAAGGAAAUAUGCCUGCCAGCUCACACUGGACGAGAACACGGCACACAGAAACCUCUCUCUGUCUGAGGACAAGAAGAGAGUAUCGUGGACUGCAGAGGAACAGCCAUAUCCUGAUCAUCCUGACAGAUUUAAGAAGUAUCUUCAAGUCCUAUGUAAAGAGGCUCUGACUGACCGCUGUUACUGGGAGGUGGAGUGGAGUGGAGAGAUAGAUAUUGGAGUUGCAUACAGGUGCACUGAGAAAGAUUUCAGCAUCUCUUCAAAUGGGAGAAUGAAUGAGCGUGAAGGCUUUACAAGAAUGCACAAGUCAUUUAGUCUAGCCUGUCAAAAGGAUGUAUUCAAUUUUUGGCACAAUGGUGAGAAAUCAGCUGAACUUUUCCCCCCUCACCCCUCUACCAAAGUGGGAGUGUAUCUGGACUGUGAAACUGGCACUCUGUCCUUCUACAGCAUUUUCAGUGACACCCUGACCCAUCUGUAUACAUUUCACAGUACAUUCACUGAACCCCUCUAUGUAGGGCUUCAGCUUUACCAUGGGUCUGCCAUUACUCUGUGUCAGCCUGAAUAGACCCACAGCGUAGGUUAAUGUAAGGGAAAAAGACACAUUUGGCCAUAGCCAUGAAUAAUAUACAGACAGUACUUACAUGAUACAAAUACUUUAACACAAACAUGUUGUCAGAAAUACAAUGGUUUAGGACUGUAGAUUUACUCAAGAGAUAUCUCAGCUUGUUCAUUUAAUCAUGCUGUAAAAAACCCCUAAAGAUACAUUCCAGCUCAGAGACCCUGCUUUGGAAGAGGUGCAGGCUGUCAGAGACAUGCACUGUAAGAUGUGAAAAAAGAAACAGUUACAGAAGACGUUUUUUGUUGUUUUGUUUUGUUUUCCUUAUCCAUCUAUGGUGAUGUAUUGUAUGGUGAUAGUACUUCCACAAAUCAGGCGUUGGAUUGUCGUAUUAGACACAACUUAUUAAUGGAGUUUAAAUCAAAUUUGUUUUUAUGUCUACUCAGCUGUCACUGGAGAGAAUGAAAUUAAUUUAUUUUUCACACAGUUUAUCAGCAGUGUAUCAUUUAAAUUGUCAGAAAUAUUCAUUAAUUACUCAUUGUUUUAUAACAGUACCUUCAUGAAUAUAAUCCUACAAAUUUAUUACAUUUACACACGUAGCAGUUUUAUGAGUAUCACGCUCUAUUCUCCGCAUUUCUCUUUUGAUAACUGUAGUUAUUAGUCUGUGCAGUAGCAAUGUUGUUAUAGUCACCCAAAUGGUCCAAUACUUUGGCUUUAAUUAUGGGGCCGCUGUAAGUAGUAAAUGUUGGUAAUGACUAAUGCAGAAAUAUCUUAUAUUUAGACUGCUUUUAAUUGACACUGAGAAUGUAAGGAUAUACUUAUAUGUUAAAUGGUUCUUAUAUGUGAACUGUUUCAUCACUACCUCUUCCUGUAUCUCAGACUCCUAAGACUCAGCAGUCUGCACUUUCUGUCCCCAUGUAAUGGGAUGAUCUUGCCAUGGACGUAAGAACCACAGAAUCAUGCCGUAUUUUCUACCAGUGACUGAAAACUGGUCUUUUUAGACUACCACUACUACUGAUGCGCUGUCACACACACACAAAAACAAUUGUAGCACGUUUUCAGGGAGAUGUCCUAUAUUUGAUGGCAGCAUAUUUUAAGUCCUCUUCUCUCUGUGAAAGCACAUGUAAGUCAGCAUUCAGGAUAAAAACUGUGACGGUAUUUCUAAUUAUGAAUAGGGGCUGGUGGAAGAGCUCUGUCUACAUUUGUGGAGCCAUUUAUUGACCUGAAUAUUAUUUU